GCGGGGAGGCCAGGCGGCAGCACCCGCACCCGCACCAGGCGCCUUGGGAUAGUUUACAUUCCUGGCAUAGCUCUGCCAAACCACAAGCUGCCCCCCCGCCCUCCACCACCUCCUCUGCUGGCUGCAACCUCCUCCGAGAAGAGAGCUCCAGCCACCAGGAACUGCUGCCUGCUCACAGCUUCCCCUUCCCUGGCAGCGCCAACAGCAAGCAUGGCCCCUGCGGGGACAGAUCCAGGUCCCUGGAGAGGUCCUCGGGGAGUGAGGAGGAGGGGAACCAGCUAGUGACCCCCAGGAAACGCUCCGUCCGGAAGAAAAAGAAAGACCUGGGCCUUUGGGACCAUGAGUCCGACAGCGACGGGCUAGCGGAAAUGGAGGCUGUGCCAGGGCGGCCCCCCCGGACUCAUGAGGUCCUGGCACACCUGCCUCUUCCUGCGAACAAUGGAGCCAAGCCUCCCUCGGUGACAAAGAGUCUGGUAGCAGCAGAUUGCAACAAUGGGAACACCUUUGCCGCCCUGCUAGAUGAAGCCAAGGCCGUGGGCAGCGCCGAAGGGCACCGACAGUACAUGAGGGGCAUGUCGGAAGGCGUAUCCGCUGCUCACUUCCCGCUGGCCGCAGCGCCACCUGUACCCCUGGUCUCCCGCGUCUCCAAAGUGAACAUCCCGCCUUUCGGGCCGAGCCCUUGCGGGUCGAGAAGCAGCAGCAGGUACUCAAGCACUGAGACGCUGAAGGAAGAGGACCACUUUGGGCCCUGCUGGCCCAGCCAAAGCCGGAGCUUCCAGGGGGGCAUCGGCAUGUACAGAUCCCCCAGCUUCGGCCAAAGCGACAGCCUCGCCAGGCUUCAGCAGCAGGUCCGGGUGCGUCCUAAGCUGCCCAUGGGCGUCAGCAAAGUGAAACAGGACCCUUCCAGUGAGAUUCUGCUCCACCGUGGACCCGAGGCUGAACAAGCCAAGCACAGGAAGUCCAUGUCCAAUCCUGACAUAGCCACUGAGACACUGACUCUCCUCAGCUUCCUGAAAUCGGAUCUCUCUGAGCUGAAGGUGAGGAAGAAAGGUGGCGGGGUCAGUGACCAAGAGGAAGGGGCCUUAAGCAGUGGCAGGAGUGAGAACUACCAGAGCCCAGCUGGGCACCAGCUGGGAGGCAGAGGCCGAAGUGUGGCACAAACCUCGAACCGGUGGGCAUUAGGCGUCCGCCCAACUCUCAAAGACCUCACCGCAACCUUACGCCGGGCCAAGUCAUUCACCUAUUCUGACAAACCGGCGCCACGCAAGCUCUUCCUCCAGAGCUCCAUGAAACAAAGCUCCUCGGAGCUUCUCCUGGCAAGCAGCAGCGACCAUGACAGCGUGGUUUCGGACGGUGAUGCUGUCCAGAGAGAGGACGUUGACGGGCUCCCGGUCGUUAUCCAGGAUCAGUAUAUUCAGGAAGCACGGCAAGUCUUUGAGAAGAUAAGUCGGAUUGGCUCCCAGCACGACUACGGCUUUGUGUCAGAUCAGAAGGACAGCGCAGGUGUUAAAAGUGUCGGGGAGUUUACAGAGAACCAGAAGGAAGCCGAUGAGGCCCUUCUGGGGAGCAAAGAGCACAAGCAGUGUCUGAAGAAAGCAGAGUCUGAAGAAAACCUCUCUUGUGGGAAGUCCAUGGAGGAGCUCUCAGGUCAUGAGUCUAGUAUGACCGAUGAAGGCAUCGUGACAGAGCCUGAGAUGGGUCCCACCAAUGCUGCUUACAGGGAUCUCCAUCAGGCUGUCACAGCGUGGACCCCGGCCAACGCCGACCUAGGGGAGAGCGACACUGAUCGAAUGAACAGUAAAGAGAUUCCUCUCCCUGGGCUCGCAGCUAGAAUGAACCAUGAGGGUGCUGCUGUUGAUGACCUUCCUGGUAAAGCCAUGGCCCAAGGGUCCCUAGAGGCACCUUCCACCCCAAGCACCCUGCGACGUCGAAGGAAGUUUCCCUCUGUUGGCAACAACUGGUCCGAUUCCAGCAACGGGGAAUCCAGUGGUGAAGCCUACAGAUCCUUAAGCGACCCCAUGCCCCACAGGAGGUGCUUGAUCACAGAAGAGACCGAGAACUUCUCAGUGGACAGUAAUCUCCUAGGGUCCCUGAAUUCCAAGGCCAGUGUCCCAGAGUCUUUGGCCAUGGCUCUGUCUGAGUGCACCGGCAGCGCUGCCAGUGACCUGUCUGUGUGUAGUGAUGGAGUCAAGGAUUACAGCACCGUGAUCCAGAACAUUGUUAGCCAGCCCGGCGCCAUGGACAAAGUGAUCGACGAGCGGGGAAACGGUAAGACAGUCAAGAAGAAAUCAUUCAGCGACCCCAGCCGUCGCAGUGAGUUGGCCAGUGCAGGCUUUGAGGGCCCCAGCGAGCCAAUCAGUGAGAUGGACCAGACCAUCCCGCCUUCCAGCAGCGAACCCAUCCUCUCCGAGCAAAGGGACGAGGUGGAGGAGCUGGAGGAGCUAGGCCAGGAGAUUGAGAAGCUGCGCUCUCAGUCUGAGCAGGUCCUACCUGCAAAGGCAGGAGGCAGCAAUGCAGGAGAGACCACUCAAAGCUAUAGCUUUGACCCCAAGCUGGCGGAAGUCCUGUCCCCCAGGAUUGUCAGGCGCAGUUCCAAGAAGCGCACCAACCGGGUGACUCACCAGGAGAACCAUGAGACUGCAUCCUCUGCCACAACUCCUGCUACUACCCUGAGUAGGUCCAGGCCUGCAUCCAAGCAUGUCCGGCACACCAGCGAGCCUGCCGCUUUCCUCCCCAUCUCAGCACCUGUGCCUCUUGGGUUGCUCAGGCAAAACGUCCAUGUAACUGUGCCAGAAUCUUCACCUCUCCCCAUCAAAUCCUACCCUGUACUCCAAGCUCCAUCCUUGGAGGAUGUCACCAAGCAAUACAUGUUAACUCUUAACUCAGGGGACUUGUCUUCUGGUGGCACUGUGGAUAUGCCCAGGUCUUCGCCUGCUACACCGACUACUUCAGAGCCCAAGCUGCUGAGAUGUCCAAAGCAGCAGGAGGAACACAGCCUGAGCAGCACCAAGAGCAAACCUCAAGUGGACAUGCGGAAACAUGUCACCAUGACGCUCCUGGAUACAGAACAGUCCUACGUGGAGUCCCUCCGCACCCUGAUGCAGGGUUAUAUGAAGCCCUUGAAGCAGCCAGAAAACUCGAUCCUCUGCGACCCGUCCUUGGUGGACGAGAUAUUCGACCAGAUCCCCGAGUUGCUGGAGCACCACGAACAAUUCCUGGAGCAGGUCCACAACUGUGUGCAGAACUGGCAUGAGAAGCAGAAAGUGGGAGACGUCAUGGUACAAUCUUUUUCCAAGGACAUCCUGGUGAGCAUUUAUUCUGCAUACAUCGAUAACUUCCUCAACGCCAAGGAUGCCGUGAGAGUAGCCAAGGAAGCCAGGCCAGCCUUUAUGAAAUUCCUGGAGCAAAGCAUGCGGGAGAACAAAGAGAAGCAGGCGCUGUCCGACCUGAUGAUCAAGCCUGUGCAGAGGAUCCCGCGCUACGAGCUGCUUGUCAAGGACCUUCUGAAGCACACGCCCGUGGACCACCCCGACCACCCCUUCCUAAUAGACGCCCAGAGGAACAUCAAGCAAGUGGCCGAGAAGAUAAACAAAGGGAUGAAGAGUGCUGAGGAGGUGGAGAGGAAUGCCAGGAUAGUACAGGAGAUUGAGUCCCACAUCGAAGGGAUGGAGGAUCUCCAAGCCCCGCUCCGGAGGUUCCUGCGCCAAGAGAUGGUGGUGGAAGUGAAGGCAGUGGGUGGGAAGAAGGACCGCUCGCUCUUCCUCUUCACGGACCUGCUGGUUUGCACCACCCUGAAGCGCAAGUCGGGGUCUCUGCGCCGCAGCUCCAUGAGCCUUUACACGGCCGCCAGUGUUAUAGACAUAGCCAGCAAGUACAAACUGCUCUGGAAACUGCCCCUGGAGGAUGUCGACAUUGUGAAAGGGGCUUCCCAGUCCACCAACCGUGAGAGCAUCCAGAAGACGAUCUGCCGCCUGGACGAGGACCUGAGCACGCUGGGUCAAGUCAGCAAGCUCUCCGAGACCCUCAGCUUCCCCCACCAGAGCCUGGAUGACGUCAUCAAAGACCUGAUGGCCGCCAUACACCGAGAGCUGACGGAGAAGCAGUCCCUCUCCUUCACCAUGUCCUUCCCACCCAACAAAAUGGAGCUUACCACCACCAAAGCUGAUGGCACCGAGUCCUUCAUCUUUGAGUUCCCCAAUCCGGACGCGCGGCACAGCUUUGAGCAGGCCUUUGAGGAUGCCAAGAAGAAACUGGCUUCUCACAAGAACUGCCUGGACCCGGAAUUCCUGAAGGCGAUCCCGAUUAUGAAGACACGCAGCGGGAUGCAAUUCUCUUGUGCUUCUCCCAGUCACAGCAGCCCCGAGAACACCUACGAGGUGUGGGUGUGUAACAGCGACGGCUACGUGGGGCAGGUCUGCCUCCUCAGCAUCAAGCAGGAGCCCACGGUGGAGGCCUGCAUAGCUGUGUGCUCGGCCAGGAUCCUCUGCAUCGCCGCCGUGCCGGGCCUCAAGAGAAGCUUCAGGGAGCGUCCCGAGUCCCUGUUGAGUCCAACCUCCGAGCCGGCUCCUUCGGCGCUGGAUGACUCCGGGCCGCAGCAGUGCCUACAUAUCUCCAUCUCCGGCUCCUCGAUAGAGCUUUCCGAGCCCAUGGACAGCGCCAAUAGGGAGCUGAUGCCUUUUGACAGCGACGAUACAGACGAUGAGUCCUCUCCAAGCCCGUCAGGCACACUCCAGAGCCAGGCCAGCCACUCCACCAUCUCCUCCAGCUUUGGAAACGAAGAGAUCCCCAGCUCCAAAGAUGUGGCAGCUGAAACCACCAGCUCGGAAGAGGAGCAGGACCCAGGCUUCCUUCCCAUCUCCAGCACCUUCAGCCAGAACAGGAAUAGCGAGAGCCCCAUGGAUGGGCGGGCGAUGAGGAGGUCAAGCCGAGGGUCCUUCACAAGGGGCAGCUUGGAGGACCUGCUGAGCAUAGAUCCUGAGGCUUAUCAGAGCUCAAUGUGGCUGGGCACAGAGGAUGGCUGCAUCCAUGUGUACCAGUCCUCGGACAACAUCCGCAACAGGAAGAACAGCAUGAAGAUGCAGCACUCGGCCUCCGUCAUGUGCAUCCUGUACCUGGAUAACCAGGUCUUUGUGUCCCUGGCGAACGGAGAACUCAUCGUCUACCAGAGAGAGGCAGGACAUUUCUGGGACCCUCAGAACUCCAAGUCCCUGUCCCUUGGCUCCCCGGGCAGCCCUGUCUCUAAGAUGGUGUCGGUGGCUGGCAAGCUGUGGUGUGGGUGUCAGAACCGAGUCGUUAUCCUCAACACGGCCACACUGCUGCAGGAGCACACGUUCCAUAUUGGGCAGGACAGCAACCGCAGCGUGACCUGCAUGGUGAGCUGCAGCCCAGGUAUCUGGAUCGCACUCCAGAGCAGUGCCCAGGUGAGGCUGUAUCACGCCACAAGCUACGAGCAGCUGGCGGAAGUCGAUAUCACGCCCCUGGUCCACAAAAUGUUAGCAGGUUCGGAUGCCAUUAUCCGCCAGCACAAGGCUGCCUGUUUGCGGAUCACAGCACUCCUGGUUUGCAAGGACUUGCUCUGGAUUGGUACCAGCGCCGGGGUGGUGCUGACGCUCUCAAUAACGGCAAACGCCACCUCCUUGAAGAUGCCCCUGACGCCGGUGGGUUUGUCCCAGGGGCACACUGGGCACGUGCGCUUCCUCACCUCCAUCGAACUGCCCGACAGCUUUGAUAUCAUCUUUCCACUGCCGAGGGAUCCAGGUACCGAGAAGCUGAGCGAUGCAGAAAAGAGAGAUUUGGCAAGACACAGGUCCUCCAACAUGGUCCUCUCCAAGUCUAAGAUGCUUGUGAUCAGCGGAGGGGAUGGCUAUGAGGAUUUCAGACUCACCAACAGCAGCGAGACAGUGGGACGAGAUGACAGCACAAACCAUCUCCUCCUGUGGAGGGUCUGAUCCGUGGCAGCACGGGACCCCACUGUGGGGGAGCACCAGCCCCACCCCUGCCUCCUCUUGUUACCAACUGCCCCCGAGCCCGUCUCGUCUCCCAUCCCGGAUGAUUUGCGUGUGCCUGGGGACAAGCUCCUCCCAAACACAGCGUCUGCAGCGUGGUGAGAGGAACACACUCGCCAAACAGAUCCUAUGGCGCAGCCUGCGCUUACGCCAUCUGCGAGUGCGGGUGUGAGGACAGGGGCACCUGGAUGGACAGAUUUAUGUGGCACUACUUGGAAGCAUCCAGGCGAAAGAGGAGGGCUUAGUAGAGGAGAGAAUCCAUUGUUUGUGAGGUCGGCAAGGGACCUUUCUUUCGUGUCUUGUGCUUCGACGUGCCUGGGGUUCCAAAUCCAGGCGCUUGGGAGCAGAAGGUCCAUGUCUAAGCAAGCGCUGCCCGCUCUCUUGCUCUGUCUCUUGUCCACCCAGCCAGAAUCAGCAAACCGUCACAUUCACUUCACCGCCACCUUCACUGGGAUCCCCGCACACCGUGCUCCCUGCUCCUCCCGUCAGCGGCAGCCGCUCCAGCAUCCCCGUUCACCGCAGCUGCUCCAGUGUCUCCAGGUCUCUAGCUAACCCGCUUACUCAUCGUUGUCACCCAAAGAACGCUUGUGGUGCUGGUGUUUGUUUUGCAUAUAUAUACAAUAUCCUUAUUUAUUUUCUGUGGGCGGAGGGGACAUUUGACAUGGAGCUUGCAUGGAAGCGGAGGCAGUGUCGUGCCCAGGGAAUUGCAGGCAGGGUGCCAACACCUCAGCCUGCCGUCAGUCCCAGCCAAUGCUGAGCUGUAUAUAGCAAGUGUCAUACAAUGGCAGCAGUAUCACAUUCACCCACGAGCGCUGAUCUCAGAGGGUUACCUGAGUGUCUGGAGGGGAGAGGAGAGGUGGGAGCGUCUUGGCUGAGAGUCAACAGCUCUGAUUGCAGAGAUGGCACAGAGCUGAUCUCCUUUCAGCCAGCAAAGAGGGGCGCCGCUGGAGGAAAUAAAAAAUGUGCAAUAUUUAGCUGGAUCCCUGCAAACAUGCAGCGCCACAAGGGGGCACUCUGAGAACCUCCUUUGGCUUUAAGAGCAAAGCAAGUUGGUUAUUGUGGCCUAUAGCCGGGGCAGAACCAGGAGGAGCAUUGUCCAACGGUGACGUGUCUUGCAUUGUACAGUAUUUAUGGUUGUUUUUUAACUUGUUACCUUUUUGUCCCCAGCACUUAAUUUAUAUACUUAGCUUCCAGAUCCCGAAUCAUGAGUGGGGGUAGGGAGCAAAGAGAAUCAUGGGGGUUUAUUCACCUAGUGAAAGAGUAUGAAUCCACUGUCAGCCAGCUUGCACCAAAAAUAUCCCCAAAGGAAAGUGUUUUACAGGCAGGCUCGCCCCCAGGGCUGCCUGUGAGAGUUCAUGUGGCCAAAAUGGGGCCUCAAGGUGAGUGAUGAGGGUUGGGUGCCCAACCAGAGACACCUUAAGGACCGUUUUUUCAGAGGGCAGUACUGGGAAUUUCAAAGGCACCUGACAUGACAAGAAUUCAUGUGCUAUGGAUUCUCAGUGGGGUUUGUGCUGCUAAGUCGCCAGUGUUGCCAGCUCUUACAGAUCUCAUGAUAUUUAGUGCUUAUGUUAAAGCUCCAGCCUCUGGAGUCAUGUUAUUUCAUGAGAAUCUCAGCUUUUUUUUUUUUUUUUAUUAAAUUUCUAGCCCUCAUGGUUGCAAAGAAAAAGUUGGGAACCAGGGCCUGAGUGCACCCCGAACGCUCAGUAAGGUAAAUCAAAAUGAACCCCAGAUGAAGGAUUUUUUAAACACUCUCAUGAUUUUGAACACAGUCUGGGGGGUUUUGAACUCUGGACUGGCGAUACUCCAGAACCCUGGCUCUUUUGAAAAUCUGCUCCUGGCUGCUCAUGCUUUCUGAAAACCAUCUUUAACGUGUCUCACGUUGGACUUCAAAAAUGGAGGGCCAUUGAAAUGGGCCCAGAAUCGCCCGUCAUUUUGAAAAAGUAGACCUGGAUGCCAACUUCUCAACCCAUGUUUACUUAGGUUGUCCGCUGUGUGGGGCAGGGACUAUCAUUCUGUUCUGCACUGUAUAGCACCUACCACAUGGGGUCCUGGUCCGUGAGUGGGCCCUUCCACAAUACAAAUAAUUACAAACAAGAUUUAGACACCUAAACGUGUGGCCUGAAUGUUUUAUAAGGGGUUGAGCAUGUUCAGCCGUGCCCAUGACUUCCUGAUGAGACGUCUCCCCACGUGUUGGGGGCCUCGUCGCGUCUGAAAAUCAAGCCACUCAUUUAGCUGCCUAAAUACGGGUUUAGGCACUUAACUUUAAGCACCUGCUUUUUAAAAAUCUUGGCCUGUCUGCAGACGUCAAUAGGUUUAAAGACCACCUUGAUUGGGUUCUCCCAGUUAUACAGCAGCUCUGGUGCAAUAGCUGAGUGCCCGAACAAUGUGCUUAAAAGCUCCGGGUCACACACCUAGCUAGUGUCAAUGGAUGUCGCUCCAUUGCAACCGGCGUGGGUAAGCCUGCUUACCGUAGCUGUAGUUCUAGCCCGGUUGAGGUAUUUGAAAAUACUUUAUUCUAUAGCAUUUUAAAUACUUCAACAAAAAACUUAAACAACAUUUUAUGUCCCCAGUGACCUGAACAAUAUAUACAAGUAUAUUUUAAGUCUUCAUGCAAGAGCCUUCUCCUCUGCAAUUCCUGUUGUCCAGGGCAGCUUUCUUUCAUAUCUCUCCCUCAUCUGCAUACUAUCUGUUUUCCUGUUUCAUCUAAAAACGUAUAAUUUCUCCGUCCUCCCUUUCCCCUUUCAGCUGAUUAGCUCCAUCAAGUAGUUUGGGAUUUUGUACAGAAGCAUGGUCAUGUUGCUAGGGCACUGGGCUGGCGGUCAGGACACCUGGGUUCCAUCCCCAUCUCUGCGACUGAGUGACCUUGAGCAAGUCACUUUCCUCUCUGUGCUUCUGCUUCCCGUCCCAGCCUUUGUUUGUCUUGCUUAUUUAGAUGUGAAGCUCUUUGGGGCAGGGACCGUUGGUUACUCUGUGUCAGCACUGCAUCGAGGACUGGCCUAGCAAACCACCGGGGAUGCUGCUUGAGGCUGACCUUCCUUUAAGAGAGGCAGGUUUCCUUGUGGAUGCACAGUGUGUUGCUCAAAGUGGUUUUUCCAAGAGGUUCGUUCACCAAUUGCAGGGUCUUCACCUGCCGACGUCAGUAACUGCCUGUAUCUCUGUUUACCCAGGGCGGGGGUCAGGAUGGAAUUGGCCAAGUGUGUCUGAGCAACGUGUGGGUUAAGAUACAGCAGCUUCCCCCUGGGGCCAUUCUCUUCCUCACGGGGUGAUCUCCUAGGCCGCAAACCAACCUACAUCAAAUCCAAUUUAAAGAUUCUAGUCGGCUUUGGUAGGCAGUGGAUCCUGCUCCCGGAGAACAGGUGGCAGGGUCAGCAUGGCUCUUGAUUGACAGCUGGGUGUGUCUCUAUCUGAAAGGGGCAUAAGGUGCUGAUUUUGAGGGUGGAGGGUUGGUGAGAUGCAGAAUUUCUUGCGCAGGUGGGAUAGAGAGACAGUUCCUCAGCCUGCAUAAUGGAGAAAUUGUCCUGCACCUUGUCCUUACCUGUCAGAAAAUACCGAUAUGGCAAAGCCCUACAUGGAGCUCUUCCACUUAGCACUGUGUUAGAAGUAGCUAAACCCUGAGGCUGCAGAGCACUUAGGGACAUGCUGUGGAGUCCGUGGGGCCUAGCCAGAUGCUUAUGUGCUUUGCUGAAUCAGUGCCCUGAUCAACCCAGGACAGGGUAGCCUGCAGCAACACGAGUCCCACUCUGAGCACUAGCUGCCAUGUGCCAAACCCGCAUGGAACUAGCCCAGUAUCCUAUCUUCCGACAGUGGCCAAUGCCAGGUGAACAGAACAGGGCAAUUAUUGAGUGAUCCAUCCCCUGGCAUCCACUCCCAGCGUCUAACAAUCAGAGGCUAGGGACACCCAGAGCAGAGGGUUGUGUCCCUGACCAUCCUGGCUAAUGGCCACUGAUGGACCUAU